AUGGUCAAGCUCACUCGACAACCGCAUGCAUCACAAACGGACCCCUUGACAGUUAGCUUUUCUGACCUCGGGAGUCCCAAUGGAUACCCUGUCGUCGUCUUCCUCGGACUCGGCUGUGUUCGACACAUCAUGGGGCUCUAUGACGAAAUGGCGGAAUGUUUGGGAUUACGGUUGAUCACCAUUGACAGGUGGGGCUUAGGAAGAACGGAUGCUCGACCAAAGGCAUCCAAGGGCAUUAUCCAAUGGGCCUCUGCUGUUGAGGAGGUCCUUGAUCUACUGCACAUUGACGAGUGCAGCAUUAUGGCCCAUUCGGCCGGAGCCCCUUAUGCACUAUCCUUCGCCAACAAGGUUCCUUCGCGGAUCCGUGGAGAUGUCUGCCUUCUUGCACCCUGGGUUGGAGGCAGCGAGAACAGUGGCUACCGUUGGUUGAAGUACGUUCCAAACGGUAUCCUCCGUACCGCACAAGCGGCCGAGUGGAAGCUACAGGCCUGGAUGAUCGGGAAGCCGCCGACGAUUGCCUACGAAGGUAUUGGCUAUACACCUCCGAAAAAGGAGCCACCCAAGGGCAAAGAAACUUCAACGCCAUCGAUCCUCAGCUCCCCUUCGUCUCGAAACAGUUCAAAGCUCACGGUUUCGCAAAUCUCGAGCACGGAAGCCCAUCCGCGACCCAGUUUCGCUUCCAGCACGUUCAGCGAGUAUGAUGACCUUCGCGAUUUCGACGGCAAGUUCGAUAGUCGCAGCACGCUAGGUGCUGAAUCUCGCCCUGGCACGGAAAAUGGACACCCGAAUGGUGGUGGGACGAUGAUCGGGAAAAGGAAGUCCUCUCGAGGAUUCUUAGACCGUUUGAAGGGCAACGGAUCGGUUGAUAGGCCAGAGGCCAAACCUACUGGCACGGUCAAGAAGUUGAAGGGACUUCGUUCAAUGGGCUCCCUGAAAGGCAAGGCUCGCAAGACAGAGCCCUCCCUGACACCGCCACCAACAUUGCGCAUUGAAGUUGGCCUCGGGAUAGAUGACGAGUGGUCUUCAUCACUCGAUCUGGAAACAGUGAGGAAGGCGAACCCUUCGCCACCGCCUCGCCUUCCGAGCGACAAUCAUCGGUCUAAUGGCGCUCGGUCGAUAUCUCUCACCUCGAACUUAAAGCCCGCAGGCUUGCUACCGUCCUCUCCCUCUCCCAGCACUGUUACGACCUCCUUCACAUCAGCGACAGGUUCCGCGGGUUAUCAGGCUGCCCUUGGGAAUGCCUUGAUAGCUGCUUCGCAUGCCGAAUCUGCAAAAGGCACCCAUAACGACCUACUCCAAAUUCUCAAUCACGACAAUCAACCCUGGGGCUUCUCUUACGCUGCUUACCCCCACAAUGUCCGGGUGUGGUACGGCGACAAGGACGAGAAGAUUGCUGAAAACGCCGUUCGGUGGAUGGAGCGUACGAUGGGUGGUGAUCGUUGUUCAGUCAAGGUGGUGAAAGGUGCAGACCACGGUUUGAUGUAUCGAAGUAGCGUUGUCAUCGAAGUGUUCGAAUGUCUGAUCGCUGCUUGGAGAAGUGAAAAUGCACAAGAGCCAUUCGCUGCUCUACGUUCCUAUUGA